UGAUUUGUUAUGGGAUAAGUUUAUCUCAUGCCUUUCACAAAGAUGGAGAGUGGAAGAUUACAAAUGUUAAAAAACAUUAAAAAGCUUCCUCUUAAGUGUCCAAUAUGUGGAAAAAUGUUUACAAUUCGAAAAAGAAUGAAGGAGCAUGUAUUAAAUCACACGGGAGAGCGUCCCUUUAAAUGUUUGACAUGUGACAAAACCUACAUUAAUUUACAUUAUGUAAAGAGUCAUGUGUUGACACACACAGGGAAGUCUCCUUAUAAGUGCACUCUAUGUGGAAAAUCUGUUACAUCAACAGGCAAUUUAAGGUCACAUACAUUGAGUGUCCAUACAGAAGAGAAACCUUAUAAGUGCACUGAAUGUGGAAAAUCAUUUGCAUCCAAAAGCAAUUUGAAGACACAUACAUUGAGUAUUCACACAGAAGAGAAACCUUAUAAGUGCACUGAAUGUAGAAAAUCAUUUGCCUUCAAAUCCAUUUUGAAGUCACAUAGAUUGAGUGCUCAUACAGAAGAGAAACCUCACAAGUGCACUGAAUGUGGAAAAUCAUUUGCCUUCAAAAAGAGUUUGAAGUCACAUACAUUGAGUGUUCAUACAGAAGAGAAACCUUAUAAGUGCACUGAAUGUGGAAAAUCAUUUGCCUUCAAAUCCAUUUUGAUGUCACAUAGAUUGAGUGUUCAUACAGAAGAGAAACCUCACAAGUGCACUAAAUGUGGAAAAUCAUUUGCCUACAAAUCCAGUUUGAAGUCACAUAUAUUGAGUGCUCAUACAGAAGAGGAACCUCACCAGUGCACUACAUGUGGAAAAUUCUUUUCAUCCAAAGUAAAUUUGAAGUCACAUAUAUUGAGUGUUCAUACAGAAGAGAAACCUUAUCAUUGCACUGAAUGUGGAAAAUCAUUUGCCUUGAAAUCCCGUUUGAAGUCACAUACAUUGAGUGUUCAUACAGAAGAUAACCCUUAUAAGUGCACUGAAUGUGACAAAUCCUUUGCAUGCAAAGGCAAUUUGAAGUCACAUACAUUGAGUGUUCAUACAGAAGAGAAACAUCACAAGUGCACUACAUGUGGAAAAUCCUUUUCAUUGAAAAAUAAUUUGAAGUCACAUAUAUUGAGUGUUCAUACAGAAGAGAAACCUUAUCAUUGCACUUCAUGUGGAAAAUCCUUUGCAUCUAAAGGCAAUUUGAAGUCACAUACAUUGAGUGUUCAUAGAUAAGAGAAACCUUAUAAGUGCAUCUCGUGUGGAAAAUCCUUUGCAUCCGUAUACUUUUUGAAAAGGCAUGUGAAAAAUCCUAUGGAUUCGAAGAAUUGUAAAAGACAUGUAUUAAUUUUUGGUAAUAAGCAUCCUCUUAAGUUAACAACAUGAAGAAAAUCUUUUGCAUCAUAAAGCCAUAUAAAGGAACAUACAUUGUCUCAUGACGGAGGGAAUCCUUAUAUUCACUUUACAAGUAGAAAAUCUUUAAAUAACUGCAGUUACAUGAUGUCAUUGAUAUUAUUAUUAUAUCCAUUAAUUCUAGUUAGGCUAUAAAUGUUGUUAUUUAUUGCUUUAUAAAAAACUAUGAAACCUGAUCGCUUUACUCAACUGGCUUUCACUGUAAUGAAAGCAAACCUAGUAAGUGUCUUUGUACUAAAACAGAAUAUCUGAGACUUAUUAUUUAUAUAAAUAUAUAACCUUAUAUAAUUGUUUUUGUCAUAAAGAACAGUAAAUGUACAAACCUUAGAUAGUAAUUUAUCAGUCCAAAAUCAAAAUAAAUACCACUAGUAAUUUUGUUGAACUCCUUUAGACUAAGUAUCACAGAUUUACCACGACAUCUAUAUAGGUAAAUAAA